AUGUCAACAUUUGCAAGAAGAAGAAUCAUUCAAGAUUUGAAUAAAAUAAACAAAGAAAAAAAUAAAAGUUUUGAAGCUUCACCAUUUGCUGAUAAUAUUAUGUAUUGUCAUGCAAUUAUAAGAGGACCAGAUGAUACUAUAUGGGAGUGUGGAAUAUUUCAUUUGAUAAUUCAUUUUUCUGAAGAAUAUCCCGUAUCACCUCCAAAAUUAAAAUUUCUAUCUAAAAUAUAUCAUCCUAAUAUAUAUACAGAUGGAAAUAUAUGUUUAGAUAUUUUACAAAAUCAAUGGAGUCCUAUAUAUGAUAUUACGUCUAUACUUACAUCAAUUCAAUCUUUGUUAAAUGACCCCAAUACAUCUUCCCCUGCUAAUCCGGAAGCAGCGCGAAUAUUUAUUAAUAAUAGAAAUUUAUAUAACAAGAAAGUAUUAAUGUGUGUUGAGGAUAGCUGGGAAAUGCCCAAAUUUAAUAUAAAUACUUAUAGUUGA